AAAACGUGCAUACUAUGGCGCUGUGUACUAUGGCCAAGGUCCAGAUGAUGAUCGUUCAUUCUCGUACAUGGGAGCUGCGGGAUACACACUCUCUAGCGACCUCGUUAUAGACAUUGUUGGUUCAAAUUGGGUUAGUUCAAAUAUCAAAGGUUAUGAGGAUCGGCUAGUGGGUGAUUGGAUAUGUCAUGUGGCUAAAGAGAAGAAGUACUUUGUGCAUUACGUCGGCUUUACAACAACUUGGAAGGCCAUGCGCCAAUCUCCCUUCCAUGAUUUUGACAAGGAUCUGGACCUCGACCCUAGUGAGACCAUCCUGAUCCAUCAGUUAAAGGGCCUCGAGAAGUGUAAUGCUAUGAAGUAUACGUAUGUCGAAUACGAAGGAGGAUUGCCAAUGCUCAGAGUAAUUCGGAAUUCAACCGCCAAAGGCCUGGUUACAAAGAAGGAUAUUAUUCCAGACUGCUGGAAAAAAGAACAGAUCUGGAAUCAAACUUUGCAGAAUACCUACAAGAACUGGUUCUAUGAAGCAUGGGGCUUUAAGGAAGGGAAGUGUUAUUAUGGGCCCGUGGAUGAUAUAGGGAUUGCUGAAUAG